ACAAGAAUAUUCAGUGAACAGGAACGUUUUAUGCCCGGCAUUACAAAAAUAACCUAACAUUAGCGUACUCACUGGCAUAACUAAGCAUAUGCCUCACACAGACACUCAGCAAAUUCGUCUUCACCAAACAGCAGAGGGCGAUAGUUUAAUGGUUGGCCUUCUCCUUGGAGCUUGCUGCUUUGUCCUUAAAGCAAAUGACAUCCCAAAAUUGCAUGCAGAUUCUCUUCAUUCAAAGGCACGCUUGCACUAACACUUGCACAGCGGGACAGCAUGGCAUAUCGUAUGUGUGUGCGAGUGUUGCUCCGUUCCAGUUCACUUCUCGCGUGCCACCCAGGAUCCGUAAGGAGCCAUGCAGAAUUUCAUCACACAGUUCCCAGUCUCUGUAGUCAAUCCCAGCUGAACGGUUCUUCAAGCUCUAAAGUGCUGGUGCACUUUGUAAAUCAGUCGGGGGUGAAGAGCAGCGUAUUUGUCACAGAGGGAGAGACUCUGCUAGAUGUUGUCAUCAAGAAGAAUCUUGACUUCAGUGGCUUUGGAGCAUGCGAGGGCACUCUGGCCUGUUCCACCUGUCACUUGAUAUUUGAGGAGAAUGUGUUUGACAAACUGGAGCCAAUGGUGGAUGAAGAGAUUGACAUGCUGGAUUUGGCUUACGGAAUCACCAAGACAUCUCGAUUGGGUUGUCAGGUGACUGUGGAGCGCUGGAUGGACGGAAUGACUGUUCGCGUGCCACAAGAUAUCAAAGAUCAACGAGGAAAACAAGAGGCUGUGAGCAGCAAAUGAUACACAAGUGCUUAUACUUCAGACUUAAAAUAAUAUAUAUUGUAUAUAAUAACUAUAUACAGCAUAACAAAAACAGUACUUUUACUUAGGAUUAAACAAUGGACAAAUUUGUUUUCAUCUUGUUCUAUUCUGAUUACAUAUGAGUAUGGUGCAAUAUAAUUUCACAAAGCAAUAAAAUGGAUGUGACCUACCAGUA